CGCGCCAAAACUUCAAAAGCGCGCAUUGCCCAAUACAGCAGCAACAGGCAAGCGCAGGCUCCAAUCAUCAUCACACAUCAUCAUCAUCGUCAAGCGACAGCGGGCACUGGUGGACGAAAGGGCAGGAUGCCGGGCAAGGAACUCUGCGUCGUCGUGGCAGCAACGCUGCAGUGGGGUAUCGGCAGGGAUGGCACGCUUCCAUGGAAGCUCAGGGGGGAUAUGAAGCACUUCCGCAAGGUGACAACCGAGGCUGCACCAGGCAAGCGUAAUGCCGUGAUUGUCGGGCGUGCCACGUACGAGUCCAUCCCAGAGAAGUUCCGUCCACUCAAGAACCGAUGGAACAUCGUCCUCUCCAGCAACACGGCCUUCAGGGAUUCGCUCCCAGCUGAUGUGGCCUCAUGCUCCAGCUUCGAGGACGCCGUGAGGCUCUGUCAGGACAAAGAGGACAUUGACAGGAUCAUGGUGAUUGGCGGCGCACGCUGCAUCAAGGAGGCGCUGCAGAGACCGGACUGCCAGCACAUCUUCUUCACGCGGGUGAAGGCGGAGGUGCCAUGCGACACGUUCAUCGAGCCCAUCGAUGACAAGACCUUCCAGGAAAACCCAGCGUUCCCCAAGGUUGAGCUGGAGGAGGAGGGCAUUCCAUAUGAGAUUCUGCUUCUCUCCCGCAAACCACCGUCCAUCGUGGACUGAGCUCCACUCGCCCUUCAACGCGAUGCGCACGUGCAUGUGCCCCCUUUCAUCCUGCCCGUGCCCUGACACGCCAGUGCUGUCUUGGACGCAAGCCUUGUUACACAUCCUUUGGUUCAUAAACGACGCUCCCUCAAACAAGCAAACACGCAAGCAUGUAUUCAACAAGCACCGCAAGAACCACAAUACAAACAGCCCA